AUGAGGGCGACCGGGGCGGGCGGCCCCCUCCGAGCCGGGGCUGAGGGCUCCCCUUCUGCCCUUCAGGUGGUUUUCCACGACGUGGAGGUCCUGACGGAGAAGCUGCGGCCCGUCGUGGAGGAGAUGCAGAAGCUGUUCAGCGCCGGCGCCGGGACCUACUACAGCGACCCCAUCUUCUUCCUCUCCGUGGCCAUGCACCGGGUGAUGCCCAGAGAGAUUUCGCGCAUCAUUCAGGUGGACCUGGACGUGGAGUAUCGGGCCAACAUCCGGGAGCUUUUUGAAGAGUUUGACAACUUCCCGGAAGGCGCCGUGAUUGGCAUCGCGCGCGAGAUGCAGCCAGUCUAUCGGCCCCUGGUUGGGGGGGCAUUCAACAGCGGGGUCCUCCUGCUGAACCUGGAGGCCAUGCGCCACUCGGACCUCUACAACGGCCUGCUGGAGGCCGCGGCCGUGCGGCGGCUGGCGGAGAAGUUCCACUUCCGGGGCCACCUGGGCGACCAGGACUUCUUCACGCUGGCGGGCAUGGAGCACCCUGAGCUCUUCCACACCCUGGACUGCACCUGGAACCGUCAGCUGUGCACCUGGUGGCGCGACCACGGCUACAGCGAGGUCUUCGACCAGUACUACCGGUGCGAUGGCCACGUCAAGAUCUACCACGGGAACUGCAACACGCCCAUCCCCCAGGAGUAGCGGGUAGCGCCAGGGCUGACCCGGCCGUGGGCAGUGGGAUGGGGGAGGUUCUGCCCCUCCCCCGAGGCACCCACGGUUUCGUGGAGCAUCAGCCUGUGGCAGGCGUGGCCCCCGUGGCUUUCCCAGAAGCAGGCCUCUGCUGGGGACCAGCCACAACUUGUCCCAAGACAGUGGGCAGUGGCCAGCCUUGGCAGAGGUUCUCUCCCUCCUUGGAUGCCAAGGGGGCGCCCCAGCCUGAGAGGAUGCCCGGCCCUCGUGGUCUGAAGACUCCUGCACCAGGGGGUGCGCGCCCAGCAGGAGAUGCAGAGAAAGGCGUCCUGGGGGUGGGGUGGGGGUGGGAAUGCAAGGUAGCUGCAGGUGCCGCAGGGGGGAGGAGGCACCAGCCUCCCCCUCCUGCCCAGGGUAGAGUUAGGCCUUUUUCCCAGGGGAAGGGGGGGGAGGAGGAGGAGCAGAGAGCUGCAUUUCAGUGAGUGUGCGCACCCACACACAUCCCUCCCCUGGACACACAGGGGAGAGGGGCAAGUCUCUCCAUCAGCCCAGUUCCAGCCCAGUUCCCGACCUUCUUCGGUGCCCUCUUUCCGACUGACCGGGUGUGUGUGUGGGGGGGGAAUCUGACCAGGUUGUGAGCGGCCAGGAAGGGUCUCCAGAGCUCCUCUGGCUGAG